GUGUGCUGACUUGAGGUCGGUGAGUCUCGGUCAGUCUCGGUCGUGAAUCGUCGUCAUGGCGGGGAGACAGCGGGUGGUCCACCUUCUGCAGCAGCUCGAGCACGCGGCUUGCAGAUGUCCUGCUCACUCCAACACAUUCCAUCAAGGUGGCGGAGCUGCGUCGUGCACCGUCCGCAAAACGGAAUACGCCUUCGAGAUGGCGAGUUCCAACAUCCGAUACGGAGGAGGAGUCAGCCAGGAGAUCGGCAUGGACCUGCAGAACCUCGGAGCCCGGAACGUCUGUGUGAUGACGGACCAGAACCUGUCCCGCCUCCCCCCCGUGAAGAUCGUCCUGGAGUCGCUGCUGAAGAACGGAGUCAAGUUCAAAGUGUACGACAACGUGCGCGUGGAGCCGACCGACACCAGUUUUAAAGACGCCAUCUCGUUCGCAAAAAAACACUCGUUCGACGUGUUUGUGGCAGUGGGGGGGGGCUCUGUGAUUGACACCUGUAAAGCAGCCAACCUGUACGCCAGCCACCCCGACGCCGACUUCCUGGACUUCGUGAACGCUCCGAUCGGGAAAGGGAAGCCGGUCACCGGGACCCUGAAGCCGCUCAUCGCAGUUCCUACGACCGCGGGCACCGGCAGCGAGACCACCGGAGUCGCCAUCUUCGACUACGAGCCUCUGAAAGCCAAAACCGGUAUUGCCAGCAGAGCUAUCAGACCCACGCUGGGGAUCGUGGACCCGAUGCACACGCUGAGCAUGCCCCCCCGAGUCGCCGCCAACAGCGGCUUCGACGUCCUCUGUCACGCUCUGGAGUCGUACACUGCCCUGCCCUACCACCAGAGGACCCCCUGCCCCCCCAACCCCAUCAACCGGCCCGCCUACCAAGGCAGUAACCCAAUCAGUGACGUCUGGUCCCGCCACGCCCUCAACGUGGUGGCCAAGUACAUGAAGCGAUCUGUGCGGGACGCUGAAGACCUGGAGGCUCGGUCCAGCAUGCACCUGGCCAGUGUGUUCGCUGGAAUCGGCUUCGGAAACGCUGGAGUUCAUCUGUGUCACGGUAUGUCGUAUCCGAUCGCUGGAAACGUAAAGACUCACUCAGCGAAGGGUUACAGCGUGGAGCACCCCCUGGUGCCUCACGGUCUCUCUGUCGUUCUCACGUCUCCGGCAGUCUUCAACUUCACGGCCCCAAUGUGUCCAGAGCGCCACCUGGAGGCUGCAGAGAUCCUCGGUGCAGAUAUCCGGCAGGUGAAGCGGGCCGAUGCGGGGGCGGUUCUGUCCGACACGCUGCGUCAGUUCCUGUUCGAGCUGCAGGUGGAGGACGGACUUGCUGCUGUCGGAUACAGUAACGAGGACAUCCCAGCUCUGGUGAAAGGAACGAUCCCUCAGGAGCGAGUGACCAAGCUGUCUCCCAGGAGUCACAGCGAGGACGACCUGGCCGAGCUGUUCGAAGCCUCCAUGAAGCUCUACUGAGUCCACUGGCCUCGUGGGAGAGAGAGAGGGCUGAGCUGCUGUUCCUCUAACAGCCACUAGAUGGAGCAGUUAGUCUUCCUGCUCAGACUCACCUUUGACCUGAACAUGUGACCACGUCUGACCAAAUAAAAAAACUGUUUUCACA